GAAAGGAGGGAGGAGAGACAAUCCAAGGAAGCUGCAGUCACACACUCUCUCCGGAGAGAAAAUAAAGAAGAAAGGGGGAAAGAAAGAUUUGAAGUCCUCUCUAUCUUUAAAAAUCUAUGACAAGGGAAAACGCGACGCAGCGGGAACAAACGAUGGUACGUUGGUGGGAGGUUGGGGAGUUCUAAGCAGAGAAUGGGGAGAAAAUAAUUUUCUCCAAAUUCAAACUCCGCCUUUCACCGAAUCGAAUUCCCCUAGCUAAGAGAGAAUAUCUAUUCUCUGAAAGGCGCUUGUCGGUACCAGCUGCAGCGGCUCCUGAGGUUGGAACUUUGGGGCGGCCACGGGGACGUUAGAGCGCCGGAUUCUGUGGCUGCUGGGGAGAAGUGGGCGGAGUUAUUCGGGUCCCCAGCCCACUGCCUCACUCCGGCCAGAUUGCGUCAGUGGAAGGAAAGCGAAAUUAAAGCCCAGGCUGGUCUCGGCUCCGGAGAGGAAGGCUUCUUUAGUGGAACCCGUGGCGUUCAGGAACCAGCACGCUUCUCAAGCCAUGGCAUCAAUUCACAGUGAAAAUAAACCUGAAGCAUAUGAAAGGACAAUUGUGGUUUCUAAUGUCCCUGUUGGAAAUUUUAAUGAUGAAGCCAUGGCAGAUAUUCUGAGGCGUUAUUUCCAGAAGGCUAAUAACAAAGAUGGAGACGUAGAAAAUGUAACAUAUCCAACAAGAAUCAAAGGAGUUGCAUUUGUGACAUUCAAGGAAAUAAAAGGUGCUGAGAACAUCCUUAAAAAGGAGAAAUACUGUCUAACAGAAGAGGGGCUACUUCCAACUUGUCUUACUGUAUCUCAUUUUAGUGAAAACGUCAUUCGUUGUGUUUUUGUUCACCUUGAUUUAUCCAUUUUUGGAAAGGAAGUUAUUGUAGAAAAUCUGGUGACAGAACUUAAAGAGAAAAUCCCAUCCUUGAAAUUCUACCUUGUGCAAGCUAAUGGACUGGUCAUUGUUAAAGGGUCAUUUUUAGCAAUCAAGAGACUAAAGGAAGUUCUGUUGUUAAAGGCCAGUUCUCUUCAUGGAAACAACACCAAUUGCGUCAGUCUGAAAGAAGAGAAGAAAAAGAAAACCUUUCCAGAAUGGAGCACAGCUGUGUCCUCAGUCCAGCCUGCAAUGCCAAAAACUAUCGGAAACGAACAGAUAAUUGUCCUUGAUACAGAUGUAUUUAAAUACAUGAAAUGUGGUAACCAAAUGUAUGAAAAGGCUUUAAAAUACUUUAAUGUUGUGAGUCAAGAGAUAGUUAAUGAUGAAGUCACCACAAUAUGUUUAAGAGGUUCUCAGACUGAUUCUCAUUCUGAUCACUUGAAAAAUGUAAAGGAAUUAAUUGAGGAAUUUUCAUAUACUCUUUCCCUUGAGCUUCGAAAAGAAACAUUAUCUCUUGAUGGAAAGGAUAUAAAUGAGAGGAGGAAUAUUUGGUUGGCAUGCCAAGUGUUGAAGCCACAGUAUCCCCAGAUUCUGGUUGAACAUAAUUCUAAGCAUAUUGAUAUCAUAGGGAAUGCUAGUGAUACCUAUCAAUUCAAAAAACUUGUCAUGAAGUUUGCAAGGGAAAAAGAUAACUUUGGAAAGCACAAUGACACUAGCUAAAAUGUCCAAGGAUUCUCAAAUCUUUCACCACGACCAACAAUUUCUUAGGAAAAGAUAGAUUUAAAUCUAUUCUUUAGAACACCUAAAUGGUCAUCAUUAUACUUCUGUCAGUAUUAUAAACGUGUAGAAAAAUAUGUAUUGCUUCCAAGUAGAAUGCUAACACAAAUCAUGCUAGAUUGACACUUAAAGAGGUUUUAAAAUCAGAUCAUCAUUAAUUAACAAAUAUCUAUUAUGGUAAGACUGCUUGAUAUUUGAACAUUCUUUGUAAUUUUGGGCAUGCUAUUCUUCUUUAGUUUUCCCCCCAAGGACUCAGUUUAAAAAAAUAUAGAUUUCUAUGAAAGUAUUUUGUUUUUAUAUUGCUUACAUUUCUUCCUUUAUCUCUCC